CCAAAAGGAAGAAACUUAUUCUCUCUGUGGAUGUGCUGGUGGUUCCAAACACCAAAAUUCAUACCAAAUGCCAACUCCCUCACAUUUCUUCUUCUCUUUCGUCAUUUGUCUUCCCAUAUGCCUCUCCUUAACAGAUGGCAUACAACUCAUAAUAGUAAACAAUUGCAAGGAGAGUGUAUGGCCUGGAAUUCUUGGCAAUGAUGGCCACCCAACUCUGGCCGAAGGCGGGUUCCAUCUCUCCAAUGGCGAACAAACAGUCAUUGAAGUUCCUGAAAGAUGGUCAGGCAGAAUCUGGCCUAGGCAAGGCUGCUGUUUCGACCAAUCUGGCAAAGGCUCGUGCCAAACCAGGGACUGCGCUGGACGUCUACAAUGUAGAGGCAUUGGCGGUGUACCUCCAGCCACCAUUGUAGAAAUGACUCUUGGGACUGCAAACUCAGCCUUGCAUUAUUAUGAUGUGAGUUUGGUUGAUGGGUUUAAUGUUCCGGUCUCAAUGGUGCCUGUCGGUGGUGGCGUGGGGUGUGGAGUUGCAGCGUGCGAGGCGAACUUGAACAUUUGUUGCCCCUCCACAUUGGCAGUUAAGCGACAGGAGAAGGUUGUGGGAUGCAAGAGUGCAUGUUUGGCCGCAAAAUCUGAUAAAUAUUGUUGCACUGGGGAGUUUGCAAAUCCUAAACGUUGCAAGCCUACGAUUUUCGCUCAUUUUUUCAAUGUCAUCUGUCCCAGGGCUUAUAGUUUUGCAUACGAUGAUGCUUCCGGGCUUAAGACGUGCAGGGCUUCUCAGUAUUUAAUCACUUUCUGCCCUCCUCACUGAUGAAUGAUUAAAAGAAUGGAACAGUCGGUAUGUUGAUUAUUGUGCCUAUCCCAGAAAGAGUGGCAUUAUUGAUUAAUAGAUUCUUUCGCUUCAAAUGUACAAAUCUACAUUAUCAAAGCAAUCAAUGCCUGGUCUUAUAUAUAACAACUAAGAAGCUUUGAAUUCGUUGGACAAAA